UAUUUUGAAUAUUUCUGUCUUAGCUCCUGCUCUGUGUGUUGUUCUUUCUGCAAUGAUGAUUUUUCUGAGUCUUUUUACUCCAGCUAACGAUUAAUCAAUUAGUAAAUUAGUUAAUUAUUUAAAUAAUCGAUUAAUCGUUUCAGUCUGAGUCAGAAUUCCAGUUUCCAACACCGUCUGAACCAGUUCAGAACCAGUUCAGAACCAGUUCAGUUCAUGCCAGCAGGACUGUGGUUCCCCCGGUUAGCAGUGAUCUGCUCAGAGAACCAUACAUCCCAGUUGGACGGCGCCUCUCUGGGGAUUCCACCAGAAACAGAAUCUCAUCUCUGAUCAUUUGUUUCAGCUUCAGGAAAAUGGGUCAGGCCGAGGAGAACCGGGCAUGAAUCACGUCUGACCCAGUUCCUGCUCCAGUUGGAGGUCGGAGGAGGAUUAACUCGGAUAAAUGCAGGAGACGCUUCGCUCCGGGAUCGGGCCGCGCUCCUUCAGGAUUCUGUUUCUGCCCAGGUGAGACGUAUCCAGAAACAACAAGUUACCUGUGUGAUGACUCCGCCCACACCUGAGCCAACGCCACCCACAUUAACUUUAUAAAAGACAGAGACUCGCACUCUGGAUGUAGGAGAUGUCAUUAACCAGCAGCAGCACACCUGGGAUCCACCUCUCUGACGCCGACAGAUGAUUGUGAUCAGCUAGUCCAGUCGCCACUGUGAUGUUUGUUUCUCGUUGUCUCCGUCUCGUCCUGCGGGACGUCCUCUCCCAGUCCUGCCUGCAUCACUUCCUGCUGGAGUUUGUAGGCACCGCCCUCUUCCUGUCUGCCAGCCUAUCAGCUGUUCUGAUAAAGGCUGACCUGGGGUCGACCAGUCUGACCAAUCACAGCCGUCCCCCUGAGGGUCCUCCACCCUCUGGGUUCGUGGCGUGUCCCCUGCAGGUUGUGUUGGUCUUUGGUCUAUCCGUUGCCAUGGCAGCGCUGUCCGUGGGUGGAGCAGUUCACCUGAACCCUGCAGUUUCCAUAGCGAUGGCUCUGACCCUGAGGCUCCGCCUGUGGAGGGCAGCGCUGUACGUGAUUGGCCAGCUGCUGGGGGGCGUGGCCUCUGCUGCGCUGCUGCUGGGGCUGAUGGGAGAUGUGGCGCCUGCUGUGAACCAGGUGUCCUCCGGCGUCCGGCUGCACCAGGCCGUCACCGUGGAAACGCUCAUCACCCUCCAGCUGGUCCUGGUCGUCAUGGUUACCACAGAGCUCCCUCUGCCGGAGGUGGCCACGCCUCUGUUGGUCGGUCUGGCUGUCAGUCUGGGACACCUGGUGGCUGUAAGUCCCGCCCACCUGUCUGCUGGCCCUUUAAGCAGCCAAUCAGCCAAUCAGCUUCUGUUUCCUCUUCAGGUCGGCGCCACAGGAUGUGGGAUGAACCCAGCGCGCUCCUUUGGUCCCGCCGCCGUCACACUUGACUUCAGGAACCACUGGGUGUUCUGGGCGGGGCCUAUUCUCGGGGCGUGUGUGGCCGCCCUCCUCAACGACCUGCUGCUGCGACCGCGCUGGCGUUGCCCUGGAGAUUGGUGGGCGGAGCUAAAACAGCUGUAUGUGCUGACAGACAAACAGCAGCAGGGGGCGCUGACACAGCUGCCGUAACACACCUGAGCAGCGAAGAAGCAACAGAUCGUCCUCUUCCUCGUCGCCAUCAUAGUCCAGCUUUCUAAGGAGCUGGACUAAAAAUCAUCCCGGUCUUCUCCCUAAUCUAAUCCAGACUUAUUCUGAUUUAAUGAUGCUAAAAGAUAAACCUCUUUACCUCAAACAUAAGGACAUCAAUCCAACUCCAGCUGAUUCUUAAAGAAGCAGCAACCAUGCAGUCCAGAACUUUGUGAUUUCUAGUUUUAUUUUUAUUAUAAUGUUUUCAGCAUUUUAUACAAAUGUGCAUAUUUUGCAAAAAUACUCAUAUAUUAUGCACAAAAUAUAUUAUGUGUCAGGUGUGUGUCUGAACUUGAUAUUAACUCAAAUAUCCAGAAGCUUGUUGUUACAAAUAGCAGGUGCUACAUUUAAUGAAAUAUUAGUGGAUGUAUAUGCUUCUAUUUGAGCUUGUAUGUAUAAUUUUUAACCUGUGUGGAUCAAAUCCUUAAUAAAUUUAAACCUGA